AUUUUACACUCUCCGUUGUCCGUUGUAUUUUUCCCCCACUAUAUAAAUCGUCGGUCGGGUUCUACGCUCCGUCUGUCUCUCUGCUUUGUCUCCGUCGCAACACACUCCGUAAGGAUUCCCCGUAAUUUUCGGCUUUGUUCGUUAGGAAUGGCGUUCGUCUCGUUCGUCGGGAGAGUUCUCUUCGUUUCGGUCUUCAUCCUCUCUGCUUGGCAAGAGUUCAAUGAAUUCGGUAUUGAUGGUGGGCCAGCAGCAAGGGCUUUGGGUCCAAAAUUCAAUGUAUUCUCAAAGCAUGUGUCAUCUCAUACAGGGUUGCAAGUGCCAGUAAUUGAAAUGAAGCAUUUAGUUGCCGCUGCCAUUGCUUUGAAGGGUGUUGGAGGUCUUCUCUUCAUUUUUGGCAGCUCUCUUGGAGCUUAUCUUCUGCUUCUGCAUCAGUUAAUAGCUGCUCCUAUACUGUAUGACUUUUACAACUACGAUCCUGAGAAGAAGGAAUUUGUCCAGCUAUUUACAAAGUUCACACAGAGCUUGGCAUUGUUGGGGGCACUGUUUUUCUUCAUUGGAAUGAAAAACUCGAUGCCAAGGAGACAACUCAAGAAAAAGGCUCCAAAACCAAAAAUAAUGUGAAGAGGGACAGUUGGUAUUCCCAGGAUCUAGUUUCUUAGUUACAGGCAGCCUUGCAGCUGUCGAGGAUCUAUUUUUGUAUGAUGCUUGUAUUGGAGGCAUUUCCUUCUUAGAGUAGGAACAAAAAAAGGAAGGCUGUUUGCUUACUUAAAAGAGUGUGAUACUAUUAACUAACGUGUCAUUUUAUGGUUAUUGAAUCCAAUCUUGUAGCGAUUUGCAUCUUGUUCUGAAUCCACUAGUUCCCUCACUCUUUGUUGAUGU